AUGCUCAAGUUACCGGAACAGCUGAUUGCCGAUGUGCUCGAUCGGCUCGAACCAGAAGAGCUGAUCAAGCUCCAGCGGACGACAAAGGCAUUUAGACGCCGAAUUAACCAUCGUGGAUUGCUUCCGGGUCGCGUACAAACUCUAUAUAUUCAUGGUCAGGAGCCGAAGGGCAAGCAAAAAAAGGCGUCGCUAAAGUGGUUCGAGCUUGGAGUGAAGAGCCGCGACGGAACGAUGAUACUUGCCAGCAACCAUCGCCGCAGCAUUUUUCAUCUACACGGCAAAAAG